GAAUUUCUACUCCUGUUCCAAGACAGCAAUCGUGAUCGAUACUGAGAGUUCUUUAGAGGAAGACUACGAGAAACAAGGAGGUCGUUCGGCCGUCAUAAGCAGAUUCAACACCGAGGUCCUCGUUAACCACCGGUCCACCGGCGCUCCCAAUCAACCUCAAGGUCAUCUUAAACCUCGAGCCUGCUCAUCAUGAACUAUCUAUCAGACCUGGCUCGACCGACCUCUCCGACACAUGCUUCACUAGCCGAUGUCCUCGAGGCAUUAAACCAGCAAAAUGCCCUGGACAAACAGGAUUCGAUCUACCCUAUCCCUCCUCAGCCACCGAACCACGAGGAUGAGCCCGAUGCGACGCAUCCAGUGACCGAAUACUCCCCUCCCACCUCCGAACCCGCACCGCCUGUCCAACUCCCCGAUGAUUUCGGUUCGCUACCACCCCUUCCGCCCGGUUGGUCUGCCCUCGCACCUCCCCCCGAAGCCUACUACGACUCCAUGGAGGACGCGAUCGAGGCGAUCCACUCCUGGACCAAAGCGCACGGCUACGACGUCUCCAAGUCCAAGCCGGUGAAGACGAAGCGCGACAAGCUGCUCUACCGCUACCUCCUCCGAUGCACGCGCUGCUCCAAGUCGAAGAACACCCGCAAGCUCAAGCCGGAGGAACGCCGCCGCACCAAGCGCGGCUCCCAGAAAUCCAACUGCCCCAUGGGCGUUUGGGUGUGCGCCGAGGACCGCAACGACCCGCAGCACUGCCGCUGGCUCGUCAAGCAUCAGGAGCGCCUGCAGAGCGUCUACCACGACCACCAGCCGUCGCAUCCGACCACGAUGCCGAACCACCGCCGCCGCGAGCGCACCGCGGAGAUCAAGAUGCGGAUCUUGGAGCUGCAGGAGGCGGGGUACAGCACGGCGCGCACGCUGGCGAUUUUACAGCAGGAUUAUCCGGAUAUGCAUAUCACGUCGCGCGAUAUCUAUAACGAGCGGCAGCAGAUUCGGAGGGACCAGCGGGGCGAGAGAGCGAUGCCGCAGGGAUGAUUCGCCGGAUUGAAGGCGUUAAUACCAUGGAUCCAGAAUACACGAAUAAUUGAGCCUCUCAACGCUGAAUCGCUGCGAGCAGGCAUGUUUUGUUACGCGGAGCGAUAUUCGCUUGUUCGAUUAUCCCAGUGAGAACAUGGGUUUGU